AUGCCCAAAACCAAGAGAGCAAGUCGCUGUCGAGGUACGGAAGAGCGAGAGGCUGAGGCUGCGCCGGCUGUUCGCUGCACCCCCUCUGCGGCUGGGGCCAAGGUGUUUGCGAUCGAAAAUCUCACCGAGACGAUACUUCACGAGAUUCCAGAAACUACAUUACUUUUCAAGUUCCAACGCGUAUGUCAGGGUUGGAGGGCAAUUGCCCGGAGACUUUUGCAGCCCCGGCUGGACGGCGUCCCGCAAUCCCUCAGCAAGCAGCUUGGUCCCAGACAACUCAAUCCACUGCUACUCGAUCACUUUGGCAAAAUUCUCAACGUCGGGGAGGCACAGCUGGAGAUCGGACUGUGGCUCACCGGUUCCUACCACUCCCAGCGGCGUUCGCUGAUCGAUCUGCCCAUCGCGGCCACCGGCCCCGGGAGGGUCGUGCACACCGCGUACGCCCGCGUCGGCGCGAGCUGGCGAAACAUGCAGAUGUAUCACCCGCCCGUCCACGAGCUGCGCUACCGCCGCGAGCCGGACGCCGAGGUCGAGGCCGUGACGGUGGCGGGCGGCGUCCGGCUGGGACAGGUCUACGAUCUGCUGUCCGCCAUCACCAGCGACACCAAGGGCGUGGCGUGGAACGAGGUGCUGCUCACCUGGCCGCAGGCGUCAGCCGGAGAUGACGAUGCUUCCGGCGGCGAUGCGGACAGCGAGCUUGGCGAGAUGGUCGACCGAGAUUACAUCCUGCUGGAGAGGGUGAGGCACGUGUUGCCAAGGUCGUGCGUGUGCACGUUCAGGCCAGCUCGCAAGGACCUCUGCUACUGCGCGUACAGCAGCAGGAAGAGAGAACUGCAGCUGAUAACGUCGAACAAGUGGCGUGUCACGAGCAAGGAGUUUAGGGAGGAGAAUUUGCUGGUGAGGAUUUAG